UUAAAGAUUCUUCUAAUCGGACAUUUAUAUUGCCAUUCGAUUAGACUUUGCUUAUUCAUGAUCAUUUCGUGUAUAAUACAAAGAACAUUCAGAAUGUUUUAUUUGAUCAAAUUUUUUUAAAUUGGCUGGGUUGAUAAGAAAUCCAAUUUAUUGAAGAUUUAUCUGGUUUUUCGUUCAAAAUUAUAUCAAAUAAAUAAUCAAAAAAGCCACAAUUUUUAUUACCAUAUUAUUAAUUAAAUACCAAGAUAAUAAUGUACCAAAACAGAAAACCAUUUUUGUUUACCUAUAAAAGCUGAAGCUAAAAUAGAAAUUUGUAGCAAAAAUCAAUUAAUCAAUAACAAUGAAACAACACAUUUUUUUAGCUGUAGCAGCUGUUGUAGUCUUAGGACUUACAAAAGGAGUUCUAUCCUUUCCAGCAGAACAAAGAGAAACAGAUACAAUUUGGCCAAUUCCGCAAAAGAAUGGAAGUAUACUUUGGAUGACAGAGGAACAAGCACUUACAGAGGCCGAUGAUAGUCCUCUAGAAAAAAAACAGACUUUUGAUAAGAUCAAAUUUUUCCUAUACACUGAAGCAAAUCCAACAGAACCAAUUGAAAUCAUCAAGGACGAUCUUAAGUCGUUAGUACGUUCAAAAUUCGAUUUCAAAAAUCCUACCAGAUUUAUGAUUCAUGGCUGGAUGGGUGGAUACGAUUCAGGAUGGUCAAUUCGUGAAGCACUCUUAAUGAAUGGAACAAACAAACAAUAUAAUUUUAUUUCUGUCGAUUGGAGUGUAUACUCUACAUCUGCUUUAUACAUUCCAUCACAAAGAAAAUGUUCGAAAGCUGGUAAAAUUGUAGCAGAAUUCAUCGAUUGGAUGCAUGAUCAGGCAAAAUUAUCGUUCGAUACUUUAGCAGUUUAUGGAAGUAGUUUGGGUGCACAUGUUGCAGGAUUUGCUGGCAAGAAUGUUAAGCGUGGAAAAAUCCACACCAUUGUUGGAUUGGAUCCAGCUAUGCCACUUUUUCAAUAUAAAAACACUAAGAAACGUUUAGCCAGUACCGAUGCUGUGUAUGUGGAAACAAUUCAAACAAAUGGUGGAGUUUUAGGUUUCAAUGAGCCAAUUGGAAAAGCAGCAUUUUAUCCAAAUGGUGGACAUUAUCAACCGGGAUGUGAUGUGAAUGAUAUCUUUUGUUCUCACAUUAGAGCUAUUGAGUAUUUUGCUGAAGCACUGAGUCAGGGAGAACGAAAUUCAUUUGUUGCCUUGGAAUGUAGUGAUUUGGAAAGUAUGGAAAAAGCAGCUUGUGGUAAGAGAUUACCAUUAGUACGUUUGGGUGAUCCAAAUAAUGCUAAGAAAGCUAAAGGUAUUUACUAUUUAUUAACACAUAGUCAAGCGCCAUAUAGUAUAUUGAAAUUUUGA